AUGUCAUCGUGUGUUGUUUUGAUUUUCAACGAUUUACAAUCUUCUCCACUUUUGAUUGCAAAAUUCCGACAACAACAAGCCCAUCGACUACACACCAUACGAAUCAAUGAAUUAUUUAAUUAUCUGUGGAGUAUUCAACGGAUGAAUCCGUACUAUCGAACAGUUGAUUACAAAUCAAAACAUGAGACUCGAGUUUAUUGUCAUCCCCAUCAUCAAGUUCCACAACUUUUGAAUACUGAAACAAUUGCAUUGAUGAAAGGAAUGGACAAGGGUAAACCAAUGAGUGAUCGUGAAGCACUUAGUUAUCCGGAAGAACAUAAGCCAAUGAUGAAGAAAUUAGAGAAAUUAUGUGAAAAGGUUGGAAGAUUACAAGCUUUCAGAUAUCAUGAAUUGUACGAAUGUCAUCUUGGAGGUUUUGAAUAUGAAAUUAAUGCAUACGGCAUUGGUGGGAUAUUUUUCCUGGUAUUCCACUCAGAAGGAGAUUGGUAA